CUCCAAGAAAUAUCAGUGUCAAUCCGUUCGCUGCUUCCACAUCCCACGGCUUCUGUUCCAUCUCACUCUUCAUUCAAGUUCACCACCGAGACCUCUUGGCAGACACACUCAUCUCAACAUGCCGAUUAUCUCCAACCUCAUCAGCAAACUGGUAUGGGCCGACGGUCAGCCUCCGAAAACCCCACAACAACAACCGACCACCCCGGCCCCCGCCGCACCGGUAGCAACAACAACAACACAAACACCUACCCCAGCUUCUGCCAAUGCCUCACCUUCACCCUCAUCAGACGCGGUACGCUACCCACCCGCACAGCAGUGGGAGGAACGUCCUUACCCGCCCGUCUUCUCGGAGCGCUCCAUGAAGCAGCUCGGCCUCUUCUUCGGCGGCGCCACCUUCUUCGCCCUCUCCGUCGCCGUCUCCCGGCGCGCCGUGGCCCGGCACCUCAAGGCCUCCAAGAUGGAGAUCUUCGCGCCCAACAUGGCCUCGGGCAUGGCGCGACCUGGCAACAUCAAUGCAAAGGCCCCCCGAGACCCCAUGGUCGCGGUCGAGGCGCUCAACCUGGCCACGCUCAACGUCGUCAGCUUCGCCACCAUGGCCGCCGGAGGCACCUGCUGGGCGUUUGACCUGUUGUCGGUGGAGGACCUCAGGAGAAAGGCGCGCAGGACGCUGUAUGGCGGCACCGAGGCGAACCUGGAUGAGGAGGCGGAGAAGGAGGUUGCUGAGUGGGUGGCCAAGACGUUGGGGAUUGAUUUGGAGAAGGCGGAGGAGGAGGCCAAGGGGAAGAUGUUUGAGGAGGCUGUUAAGAAGCCGUGAAUUGGUGGUCUCUGCAGCAGCAGCAGCAAAGGAAGUUAACACAACUUAAUGAUACCCGACUCUUCUUUCUUUUUUUCCUCUUUCUUUUCCUCUGUCUGCACACAACGGGUUAUCUUUCGGCUUGAGACAGGAUACAGCAACUGCUACGGUGAACGGGGAACGGUGGCCAUCCUUGAGAGACAGUUCACUACUCGUACUCGUUUGUUUGCCUAUGGAUCUUCGGAGCUGUUUCCGCGGGUGAGAAACAU